AGUCAGGCCAAGGAGGUUGGACCUGUACGGUUCCCGCCAAGGGAUAAAAAGCUCUCUCCCCAGAGGGCGUGGCCUACCUAGCUAGUGGGCGGAGCUAACUGGUGCACUCGGAACGCGAUUCUGAGGCCUCGUGGAGGGCGGAGCGCGCUUUUCCAGAGGUGGAACCAGCACUCGGCGUCGGAACCUUCUGUCCGCACCCCUUCCUUGCCGGCCGGCACUUCGGCCGCACAGUUUUCUCAAGCUUCAAGACUUAGUAAGCAGAAUUUGCCCACUUUUCUGGUAUAACAAUUUCCAAUGGCUGGGAAUAAAGGAAGAGGACGUGCUGCUUAUACGUUUAACAUCGAGGCAGUUGGAUUUAGCAGAGGUGAAAAGUUACCCGAUGUUGUAUUGAAACCACCUCCACUAUUUCCUGAUACAGAUUAUAAACCAGUGCCACUGAAAACAGGAGAGGGUGAAGAUUAUGUACUGGCCUUAAAACAGGAGUUGAGAGAAACAAUGAAAAGAAUGCCUUAUUUUGUAGAAACACCUGAAGAAAAACAAGAUAUUGAAAGAUAUAGUAAAAGAUAUAUGAAGGUGGACAAAGAAGAGUGGAUACCAGAUUGGAGAAGACUUCCCAGAGAGUUGAUGCCAAGAAAAAAAUGCAAAAAAGGCCCCAAAUCCAAAAAGACAAAAGAUCCAGGCAAAGGCACUUCACUCACUAAUACUGCAGAUGUACUGAAAAAAAUUGAGGAAUUGGAAAAGAGAGGUGAUGGUGAAAAAUCAGAUGAGGAAAAUGAAGAAAAGGAAGGAAGCAAAGAGAAAAGUAAAGAAGGUGAUGAUGAUGAUGACGAUGAUGCUGCAGAAGAGGAGGAAUAUGAUGAAGAAGAGCAAGAAGAGGAAAAUGACUACAUUAAUUCAUACUUUGAAGAUGGAGAUGAUUUUGGUGCAGACAGUGAUGACAACAUGGAUGAAGCAACCUACUAGCUAUGAAAUUCCCCCCCCAAAAUUUUUAUGAUCAGCUUUUGAACAUUUGUACAGAUUUGUAUUUCUGUUUUAUUUCUGAUAAGGAAUGAGUAUUUUUGUUCGUGAUUGGUUGGACAAAUACUUGUUACUGAAACACUGAGAACUACUUUAUGUUUACAUGCUAGUUACCUUACCAAUUAAUCCCUGACACUGGGACAUUCCUUCUUAAUUCUUCCGUCAUCCUUCUUGUGUAUUCAAAUGGAUUUUUUUAAUAUUAUUUGGAUUAGAAUGUGCCUAAAUAGUUUUUGCAUCUUUUAGUCUAUGUAUUCAUACCUGAACAAAUUAUUCCUGUUUAACUGCUAGUCUUUUCUAAAACUACUACUAGUCAUCAGAAUGGAGUUCUCUAAUCUGAAAGUCAGUUUAAUACUGCACAUGGAGCACUUUAAAAACAAAGAAACUUGAACAUAAUUUUAUUGUUUACUUUUACAUGGUAUGUUCUGUGCUACUAUGUUACGACCACAUAAACCUACCUGAGUGCUUCUAAGUGUGUAUUUUAUGAGAUUAAAAGUUUUGUGACUGGAAGCAUGUGCACAAGGAAAAAUGGCAAUCUGAGCUAAAUAAAUUUCACAACUUACAUCUCAACCAGUACAAAGACCUGGGGUGAAUAUUAAAGAUGCCUGAAUUGGGAAUUCCCUCUGUAGUGCAGCAGGUUAGAGAUCUAGCAUUGCUGCAGCUGUGGCUUAGGUCCCAGUUGCACCUUGCAUUCAGUCCCUGGCCCAGGAACUUAAGUAUGCCACAGGUGUGGCCAAAAAAACAAAAAACAAAAAUGUGAAUUGGGGCUAACUUCAUACCAUGUAAUAUAUGAAUUCAUCAUCCCACUGUAAUAAGUUUGAUAUUUUUGAGUAGUUGGCUUAUGAAAAACUAGACUAAGACAUCUUAAUUUUGUACUUAAAUGUGAAGUAAGUUCUAGUCAUAUAAAUCUUAUUGCAGAACUCAUGUAUAUGAAAUCUCUGAGGUGUAGUGGCCUCUGUUAUGUUUCACGGGACUUAGCUGUCCAAUUGAUUUAUAUAACACCACAGGAUAAAAUUCAGGUCAUUUUGAAACUAAGAUUAAUCUUUUUUUGCUACAGUUAAAAACUAGUUCCUCUGCCUUUUAGGGAGGUAGGGGAGGAUAGCUAAAACUUCAGCCUCCGACGACUCACAAAUGCCAAAGAUUUUCAAGGAAAGUCUUAUAUUUAAAAAUGAUUUAUUAACAUUAUCCACCAAAAGAAAUAGAUAAUUUUUCCCUCUUGGGAAGAUAACACCCAUUACCCUCUAACCUGAGAAUAAGAGCCCUAGAUUCCAUUUCUACCUUUACUAUUAAAAACUCAACCUUGAAAUUGA